UUCUCUUCCCGGUAGUCUGUCCAGCAAGGGGAGCAACAUGUUUUACUUUCCUUACACAUUUUUGAAAUGUGAUUUUAGUCAGCUACUUCAUAUGUUGUCCUUCUGUGAAAACUAAAACCAUCCCAGCACAGGGAUACACACUGUACAGUUUUCUUUUCUUUUUUUCUUCUGAUGAAAUGGGUGUUGCAGACUGAACUGCCAACCGGCAGUCCGGGCAGGUCCUGCCUCCGCGCCGCCAACAGUCCGGAGGCUGAGGUUUUGAGUGGACAUUUCUGGGAAAUCCUCCAAAGCUCAGUUUGCCAAGAAGAAACCUGCGAAGAAGCACAGCACGUCCGCGUGUUCCUGCGCAGACUCAGCGCAGUUUGCACAUUUCUUGCAUUUUCGUUCGGAGGUUUUCUCCUUCCUGAGCGCAGAUCGUCUCAGUUUGUUGGACGCUCGAGGAUUAAUUGGAUAUAUUAACGUAUGAGGGUAUUAAGGUAAGCGUGCGUGUGUUUUGGAGAUGUGACGUGGUUCCAAACUUUUCGCCAUUAAUCCCCCCCCAAGGGCUGAAGAAGAAUAAUCGCAACGUUUUUGGCAUGUUUGUACAACAGAUGAUCUUAAGCUUGCUCCUGAUCUUAUGGGAUCAUACCUGGAAAGGGAAGUGUUUCUGACAUGAAGUUCUGGAUAUAACUUUUACGCACCAUAACUCUUUUUUGCCUUGUCUGUCAGAUCCAGAGCAGACAGUGAAGUGGAUUACCUCAUGCUCUGACAUCACUGGCAGACUGUUGUGUGCCCACCCUGUCUUCAUCAGGAAUUAAUUGAUUAAUUACCAAACCUCAAAUGCACUAAAAGACGCCGGGAUCACGGCUCCGCCACCUGGAUCUUUAUCUCCCCCCUCAGUGAGCGUAUACUUUAUCUAAAAUAUCGCAACAAUGCGCAGGGCUUUUGUUCUCAGUUUAGCUCUGAUUUACCUUCUCACCUGGACAUGUGAAGCCGAGAAACAGACUCACCUUAAGCGGGCGCAGUUACACAGACGCUCCAGACGCGUGCAGCUGGUCGCAACGGAUAAGGAGCUCCUCGUCGGCCGAGUGCGCCCCGGGUUUGGUUCGGCCAUCUCGGUGCACAGUUCCAGGAACAAAGAAGAUGAGCAGGCGGACGAGGGCGCACCAGUUUCCGCCAGGACAGGGACUGUGAUGGGAAAGAGAGCAGGAGAUGUAGUGCCAAGGAGAGGGGUGGACAUGCUGCAAGACGAGGCCGCCCAAGGAGCGAGAAGCAGGUUCGCCCGGAUGCCCAACAGCGCCGGGUCACCGAAUCUGCUGGCCAGUUUUGCGGGGAAGAACCGCGUCCUGGUGAUAUCGGCGCCACACGAUUCAGACGGCUACUACCGACUGAUGAUGUCUCUUCUGAAGUCAGAUGUGUACUGCGAGCUGGCCGAGCGACACGUGCAGCAGAUUGUCAUGUUCCACCAGGAGGGAGAAAUGGGGGGCAAGGUGAGGAGGAUCACCGGCGAGGGGAAGGUGAUGGAGGAGCCGCUGGACACAGCACUCAUCCCCAGACUCAUGAACUUCCUCAAACUGGAGAAAGGUAAGUUUGGGAUGGUGCUGUUGAAGAAGACCCUGCAGGUGGAGGAGAGGUACCCGUACCCUGUGAGGAUGGAGGCCAUGUACGAGGUGAUCGAUCAGUCGCCCAUGAGGAAGCUGGAGAAGCUCCGGCAGAAAGGCUUCGUCCAGAAGUGUCGAGCAGCCGGCGUGGAGGGACAGGUGGAGGAGGGCACACUCACAGUAGAUACAGCAGCAGAAAGAAAACCAUGGAAGAAGAUCCCAAGAAAGCCCACAACAACAACAAAAACAACAACAACAACCCCCGCUGACACAACCACCACAACAACUACACGGCCAACCACGACUACUGCAAACCGGCCCCCCACCACAACUACAACCAAAGCAACAACAACAACAACCACCAAACCCACCACCACCACUACCAGAAGAACCACCACCAAACGCACCACCACCACCACCACCACCCAGACACCAACCAGAGCCCACACCACAACCCUGUGGCUCCCAGCCCCCAGAACCACAGCUGACCCUUCCUACUACAACCGCAGGGAGAGGGAGCGGGUCGCGGCUAAAACCACCCCGGCUGGAAAUAACCGCACCGACAAGGACACAAGAGAUCCACACAGCCGCAAGCUGGCGCCUGCCACACACAAACCCUCCAAGAUCAAGCCCGCCAAGAAGAAGAAUGGGGGAGAGAAGGUGUUAACUAAUGAGUACGAGGACAAGUAUGCACCAGGCAGGCCGACAGUCAGUCAUCCUGAGGAGACAGAAACCUUCACCGACAUCAGUCCCACCAAGAAGGUCAAGGGAAAGCUCGAUAAGCACGACAAGAAGAAGAAAAAGAACGACAAGGCUGCCAAGAAGGCAGACAGGAAAGGAGGAAAGGGAGGGAAGAAAAAUGGAAAGAAGCUGUCUAAGUACCCCGAGAAAGAGGACUACCCUAAGCCCGCUAAGAAGCCGACGCCCCCUCCGAAGGGAUCUCUGGCCUCCUUCUUGGACUACUUUGAGGAGAGGAGGCGGCUGCUGCUGAUUACGUCCCCCAGCGAGGAGAGCACUAUGUACGUUCAGCAGCGGGACGAGUACCUGGAGUCUGUGUGUGAAAUGGCCAUCAGGAAAGUCUCCAUCAUCACCAUCUUUGGCUCUCUGACCAACUCCACCAUGAAAAUUGACCACUACCAGCUGGAAAAUGACAAGCCUAUGAAGGGUCUUCGUCAGGAGGACCUGGUGAAUCAGGACCUGAUUACAGAGCUGAGGAAAGAGUUUAGCAUGACUCAUGAGGACUUCUACAUGAUUCUCUCCGACACCGACAUGAGAGUCAAGCAAGCAUAUGAAGUUCCCAUCGCCAUGAAGGCUGUUUUCAACUACAUCGACACCUUCUCUUCCCGCAUCCGAGAGAUGGAGCAACAGAAGAGAGACGGGGUUGUCUGUAAGAAAGAAGACAAGCCCAGAUCGUUGGAGAACUUCCUCUCCAGGUUCCGUUGGAGACGUCGCCUGUUCAUCAUCUCCGCCCCUAACGACGAAGAGUGGGCCUAUCAGCAGCAGCUCUAUGGCCUCAACAGCCAGGCCUGCAACCUCGGUCUGCGGCACAUCGCCAUUCUGAAGCUGGUCGGCACGGAGCUGGCAGAUAUGGGCGGAGUCUUGGAACUCUAUCCUAUCAAUGGGAGUGCUACUGUGGAGCGUGAAGGGCUACCCGGUAGCCUGGUGAAGGACAUGAGGAACUACUUCCAGAUCAGCCCAGAAUACUUCUCCAUGCUGCUGGUUGGGAAGGACGGCAAUGUCAAGUCCUGGUACCCUUCGCCCAUGUGGUCCAUGGCUAUUAUCUACGACCUGGUGGACUCCAUGCAGCUACGCAGACAGGAGAUGGCCAUCCAGCAGUCCCUGGGGAUGCGCUGCCCUGAGGAUGAGUACGGCGGCUAUGGCUACCAUCAGCAUGGAUACGAACACGGUUACCAGGACGGCUAUCAUCAGGGCUACGGCUACUAACUCUUCUCUACUGUUAGUCUUUCUUUUCACUCGUAACUUCUUUAAUGUUUUCCUGCCCAUCCUUCACCAGGCAGUCGGCUCAGCAGGGGCGAUUCCAGGAUUUUAUAAUCAGUCAUGGGGGAGGAGGGGGGCAUUUUUAUCAGAAUACGGCAGAGAAAAUCUGCUUAGAAAUAUAGGAGACAUUGGAUAGAACAACAUAACAUCAUUCUGCUACAUAAACCAUCACAUUCAUUAUUAGUUUCACUUGUUUUUCUUUUAAAUAGAUAUCUGAAUACAACAUAAUAUAAACUCAGUCUGCUUUUAAAAAUUAAAAAGAAACGUCUAGCCCCGCCCCUGCAGCUCAGAUGGAGCUCAGUAACGCUUUAUGAUAACCAUUCACUUUCAACUGUGAAUUGAUUCAUUGUGAAUUGAUAGCUAAUUAAACUUUGGCUAACAGUUAUUUUACUGUUAACAAAAGAUAAUUCAAUAUGUUGACUUAUGAGAAAUAUUAUAAUUUGUUAUUUUAUUUUAUUUGUUACGUUUAUACAUUUAGAUAGUUAUUAUUUUGUCAAUGGUAAUACUAGUUUGGUAAAACAUCCCGAAACAUUGUUUGAGUGGCUUUUAAAAAGUUGCAACCAAUACGGAAAAUAUGUUAAUAAUUAAUAAUGAAAACAGUAGUUUGAAAAGCAUUUAGUAACAUCAAUUUGGCCCCAUUAAAAUCUUAUUCUAGCGAUCAAUGAAAGAGAUGACUAUUUGUACACUGACAGCUAUCUAAAUAUUGUUUACAGAUGCUUUACUAAGUCAUAAUUGAGCAUUACCAAGGUAUUAUAUUCAUCAGAUGCAACGUCAUAAUAGCCCCUUAUUCAUCCGUUUAAUGACAGCUUAUAAACAAUGUUUUAAUCAUCAAACACUUAAUACAAUAUAUACAUUUUAUGAUUUGAGCAACAAUAAACGGUAAAACUAAUUAAUGCUGAACUAAUAAGUAAUAAACAUUACAUUGUUAACAGUAAACUUUAAUUAACUGUCAAUCUACCAUUUAUUUGCGAUGGUGGUUAUAAAGUGGUACCCGAGGGUUUUGUAGCACUUAAAGCCUGAAAACGGCAGCUUCCACCGAUCCAGUUCUUUAACAAAUGUACGUAGAGCAUAGUCUGCUGCAAGCAGCUGUAAUAUGCAAGGUGCUUUAAUCGAUCCAUAAAUGUGUAGAUGAGCCUGGAGGAUCAGGGAUCUGUUGUGGAUUUAGUUUUUGUUAUUUCUGACUUUGAACAAGUGUUUUGCACGUUUUCAUGUCAUCUGUCUCCUUCACUUGCCUUCUGGGUCAACGUUACAUGUUCAUUUUUGUCAGCACAGACCUUUAUUUUGUAGAUAAUUGGCU